GUCAGCAAGCGCUUCAAUUACAAUUUGACUUUUUGACUCUCUGUUUUCUCUCUAUCAGUUUCAGUUUCUUCUCCCACGGGCCACAGUGCUACACUCUCUCUUUCCCUUAGCAAAUUAGGGUUUAUUAGCAAAAUAUGGGUUCUUGGUGAUCCUGGGAAGUAGAAGGAAGAAAAAGUGACAUCUUUGGGUUGAGAUCUGCUGCUUCUCUCUCUAGGGUAGAAAAUUGAAAUGAGCGCCUCCAGGUUCAUAAAGUGCGUGACAGUCGGUGACGGUGCUGUCGGCAAAACCUGCAUGCUGAUUUCCUACACCAGCAACACCUUUCCUACGGACUACGUGCCGACCGUUUUCGACAAUUUCAGUGCUAAUGUUGUUGUGGAUGGAAGCACUGUCAACUUAGCACUAUGGGAUACAGCUGGGCAGGAGGAUUACAAUAGAUUAAGGCCCUUGAGCUAUCGAGGGGCAGAUGUCUUUAUCCUCGCUUUUUCUCUCAUAAGCAAAGCCAGCUAUGAAAAUGUUGCAAAAAAGUGGAUUCCUGAACUGCAGCAUUAUGCACCCGGCGUUCCAAUAAUUCUGGUUGGAACAAAGCUUGAUCUUCGGGAUGAUAAACAAUUUUUUAUUGACCAUUCUGGUGCAGUUCCCAUUAAUACUACUCAGGGAGAGGAAAUGAGGAAACUAAUUGGAGCGCCAGCAUACAUUGAGUGUAGCUCAAAAACACAACAGAAUGUGAAGGCUGUUUUUGAUGCUGCCAUUAAGGUUGUGCUCCAGCCGCCAAAGCAAAAGAAGAAAAAGAGAAAGGGACAAAAGGCUUGCUCCAUAUUGUGAUAAGUAACAAGUAGAUUUAUGAGAUGAUGUGUUGACUGGCCGGCCUUUCUUCAUCACUACCUCCUUUGUAGUUAAAGUCCUUUGAGGAAGCAGCAAGCCGUGGUGUAUGUAUAGCAUUCACUGACAUUCUAGGGAUUCAUGUGAUAGCAUUAGAUGGUUUGUUUAAGACAUGUUAACACACGUACCUCUGUGUCUCUCUCAUACAUAUACCAGAGGUGAUGAAGAUCCCUAUUAUGACAGAUGUUAUUGGUUGCAAUGUAUUCAUAAUUGUCAUUCCGCAUUUUAAAUGUUUGAUAAUACAAAAGUUUGGCUAUUUACAGGU